AAAACCUUUGCUGCUUCUGGUAUGGUUAUUUUGAUCUGCUAGUCUUUUGGUUAAAGUAUCAAAAUACCUACACCAUGAGUGGAAUAUUGCUUCAGCAGCCGGCCUUCCUAUCCCCAAAUUACAAUAUCGGUGAUGGUAAGAUAACGAGAAAGGAUAGCACCAGCCUCAGCUUUCCUGAUUGGCAGGGUGGAUUUGCUGUUCGUUAUGCAAAAGCUUCGUAUAAUAGGUUUCUUCCUCAUUGUGCUGCUGCUGCUUCUUCUUCUGCUGCACCAGGCAGCGGCUCUGAUCCAUGGUUGGAUUCGCAAACACGUCAGAGAACGAGGAAAAUAGCUGGGGUUGAUCAAGAUGAAUUAUUGGACCCUAAACUUUUAGCUGAUCCAGACAGUUGUUUUUGUGAGUUUAAAGGGGUCCAUAUACACCACAAGGUAUACACUGCAGAGAACACUCUUUCUCAACUUCCUCACUCAACGUCUCCCAAGAUUGGCCUUCCUAUCAUACUCUUACAUGGCUUUGGAGCCUCUGUUUUCUCGUGGAGCCGAGUUAUGAAGCGCCUGGCAGAGAUUACAGCUUCCAAAGUUCUUGCCUUUGACAGACCUGCCUUUGGAUUGACGUCCAGGGUUGAUUCUUUCAUGCAUUUAUCCCAUGGCACCGAGGAUACAAAACCACUGAAUCCAUACUCCAUGGCAUUUUCUGUGCUUGCUACCUUGCAUUUCAUUGAUUUCUUGGAAGCUGAGAAAGCAAUUCUGGUGGGGCAUUCUGCUGGUUCUCUUGUAGCUGUCAAUUCAUAUUUUGAGGCUCCAGAACGAAUUGCAGCUCUAAUCCUUGUUGCCCCGGCUAUACUUGCCCCUAGUGCUUUUUAUAACGCUGCUGAAGGAAAUAAUGGCGGAAGAGAUACACGGACUGAAGGAGAUGGAUCAAAUUCAAAUGUGUUCAAAAAAAACUUUGUCAAGCUUUUUGAGAUUUUAUUGAAGUUCACAACUGACAUUAUUAAUGCAAUAGGGCAAAGGCUCAAGGGAAUGAUGGAUGUGCUUAAUUCUUUGUAUAAGAAAGUGUUGUCAGCCAUCUUGUGCUCUGCUUUCGGUGUAACGCUGAUAAGGAUGUUGAUUGAUAAAUUUGGCACCGCAGCAGUAAGGUUUGCUUGGUACAACUCAAAGCAAGUCAAUGAACAUGUUAUAGAUGGUUAUACGAAGCCAUUGAGGGCUAAGGGCUGGGACAAGGCUCUUGCAGAAUUCACUGCAGCAACACUUGCAUAUGAGGAUUCUGGUUCAAAGCCACCACUGUCAAAAAGAUUUCAUGAAAUCUCAUGUCCUGUUCUAAUUGUCACUGGUGAUAGUGAUCGAAUUGUUCCCGCUUGGAAUGCUGAGAGACUUUCACAAGCUAUACCCGGAUCUUGCCUGAAGGUAAUUAAGCAUUGUGGCCAUUUGCCGCAUGAAGAGAAGGUGGAAGAGUUUGUUUCAAUUGUUGAGAUGUUUUUGCAAAGAGCUUUUGGUAAUUAUGAGGAACCAUCUUUGCAAUCGGUGAUUUAAAAGCCCAUUCCUGAUAAAUACAUAGCAUUCUUCUAGUGAAAAAUGAAAUAUUCAGAAUGCUGCACUUCGAAAAUGAAGAUUAUUUCAGAGUCAUGCUUGUAUAUAGAACAGCCAAAUGCCUUGAUUAUUGUUGCUUUACAUUUUUUGUUUGUUUAUAAAUAUGUCGAGAAAUGGGAUAAUUUUCAUUUC